GCGGUAAAGGAAAGGCAAAGGGCACCAAGUCCAAGAGCCGAUCAUCCCGAGCUGGGCUUCAGUUCCCUGUUGGUCGAAUCCACCGUCUUCUGCGCAAAGGCAACUAUGCUGAGCGUGUUGGCGCUGGUGCUCCGGUCUACUUGGCUGCAGUGCUCGAGUAUUUGAGCGCUGAGAUCCUCGAGUUGGCGGGCAACGCUGCUCGUGACAACAAGAAGACCAGAAUCAUUCCCCGUCACCUUCAGCUUGCAGUCCGCAACGAUGAGGAGUUGAACAAACUGCUCGCCGGCGUCACCAUCGCACAAGGAGGUGUUCUUCCCAACAUCCAGGCUGUUCUUCUGCCCAAGAAGACCGAGAAGAAGCCAAAAGCUUAA